GAUACCUGAAGAGAGAGAAAGUCCCGGAUUUCGGUAUGAGAUAACAUUAAAACACUCGAAAUAUAAACAUAGUCUACCUGUUAUUAUACUAAUAAGGUUAUUUCCCAACUAGACGUCCAACUUAAGAGUGUCAACGGAAGUGUUUAUAGUUAUCUGCUACUGAAAACUCCGAAGAACCUGAAUCUGAAUGAUGAGAUGGCGAGCUUAACCCAGAUCAUGGAUACGGUGUGGCAAACCGUGUGAUCCAGAUCGAACCUCAUUCGUGUAUCGAGAAGACAUUGUGACGGCCUCCUGCCUGUGGAUGUGUGUAUGCUUUGUCAAUGUGUGUGUAUGCUUUGUCAAGCUGCAGGUGAUGAGCUGGUGGGCGCGGCCAAUUCCCAAACCUCUGUUAAGCUGGUCCUUCCUCCUGCCUCAGUCUCUUCCUGACAUCGCCUGGCUCCGGAGGGAGAGCGGUGUGCCGCUCCGCCGCAGCCCCUCGUUUUCUAUUGUGUUCUCUUGGUUUGCUUUGCCGUCAUUUUGGUCCCUUGUGUUAGGGAAAUAAAUUAUCCUUUUGUUACUUUUACCUGCGCAGUUCCUUUUAUUUGUCCGACCAUGAGCCGGGUCGUGACAAAUGUGGGGGCUCGUCUCGUUGUCCGUGUGCGCUAGUAAGCCAGAGUUGUGUAUGAACUCACGGGAGUUUGUGAAUGGAACCGUUUUGGCGGCGUUACUAUUGAGUGGCGUGGGAACCCGGAAGUCGCGAGGGCUUGUGUGUGUGGUUUGUACGCCACGGUUUAGCUGUGAACUGCGUAAGUAAAUUUUGGGCCAUGGUUGUGUUGUUUCUCUGGGUCACUUGGCUUUUGUUGCUGCUUGAAGAUAAUUGUUUUGUCCGGGCAUCCUGAUCAGUUAGCCGCCGGGUGAGCAGAUCUCGCCACUUUAUUAUUUUGCCUUUUUUGUUUUGGUCGGUAACCCUGAGGAGGGAGUGCGCUGGCUUUGGGUUGUUGCAGCUGGCCAGUCUCGGUCAGAUGUAAUUUCCUGCGGUUGGUGUCACUUCGAGCUCGGCAAGCCGACGAAGACUACGUGAGGUUUAGUAAGUAUUGUGGUAGGUAGUUAGGGGUUGGGGUGUCUCGGCUUGUGUUUUUUCGUAGCUCCUUGUUUGGGAGUUACCUGGUAAGUAGCAGCAAAAGUAAGUGUCCUGGAGUUUUGUAUUACUGUGUGUAGAGUAUGGCGGAUGUGGCAUUUUUUGUUCAGGCUCCGUCGGAGGAGUUGCUGGAUUAGUGCACGCGGGAACAAUUGUUUAAAAUAGCGGAGCAUUAUCGUAUCGAUAUCCCAGAUAGAAGAGUGAAAGACGUGACAAUUCAGAAUGUUUUGUUUGCUGCAUUAUGCGAGUUGGGUAUAUUGUCGGGUGCUGCGCGUCCUCCCCAGGCCAGGGUGGAGAGUUUGGCUCCACUGGCUGCGAGCGCGAGUGACCUCACGUUUGAGCAGCAGAAAGAGUUACUGUUGUUGCAGUUGGAGCAUGCUAAGACGUUGAAGUCAGUUGAAAUAGAGAAGCAGAUUGCAGUGGAAAAACUCCGCUACCAGACGGAGCAAGCGAAGCUGUCGGUAGAGCAGUCUCGGCUGGAGUUGCUGAGGGCUGGAUUUUCGGGUGGAGCCGCCUCGGGAGCGCAGGAGAGUUCCUCCGUUCGUCCCGGGGGCGGAGGUGAGUGUUUUGAUGUGCUUGGCAAUCUGCGGUUACUUCCGAAGUUUAAUGAGCGGGAUCCAGAGUCGUUUUUUUCUUUGUUUGAACGUGUGGCUGAGUCACGGAAGUGGCCUGAGUCAGCCCGCACGGUGAUGCUCCAGUGCGCACUGACUGGCCGUGCGCAGGAGGCGUAUUCUGCUCUGUCGUUGGCUGAUGGCCAAGAUUAUGAGUGUGUAAAGUCUGCCGUAUUGAAAGUGUACGAGCUCGUGCCGGAGGCUUAUCGUCAGCGCUUUCGUUCAUGGAAGAGAGUGGAGAAGCAGACGCACCUCGAGUUUGCUCGUGACCUGGCGGGUCAUUUUGCGCGUUGGUGUGCCGCGUUAAAAGUGGAGACGUUUGAGGAUUUGUCCGAGUUAAUUGUGUUGGAGCAGUUCAAAAAUUCCAUACCUGAAAACAUUGCACAACACAUUAACGAUCUCAAGGUAAGACGUGUGUCUGAAGCUGCUUCAGUGGCAGAUGACUAUGUGUUGACGCAUAAACGCUCUUUUGGUGAGUGGCGCGCGCAUAGUGGCAGCCGUGGUGGACCGUUUGCAGAGCGUGCUGAGGCAGCUCUGGGGAGUUAUGUUGGUCGUUCAGGUAAAUCCGACGCCAGGGAACGUUACUCGAGGGGUUUUGAGAAAACCUGCAGUUAUUGUCAUAAAAGAGGUCAUUUCAGAGCUGAUUGUUACGCACUUAAACCCAGGGUUCCCCAGGGGGGUCCCAUGGCGCAGCCAAAAGGUGCUUGCUGCGCUGUCUCGUUGCCUCGCGCACCAGCGGUGAGUGAGGGGGGUGUGCCAGCUCGGGGUGAAUCCGUGUCUGUGGGGUUGGCGUCUUUUCUGCCGUUCAUUUCUGGUGGCCAUGUUUCUCUGGUGGGGGGCAGGUUGAAGGUGCCAGUUAAAAUACUGCGCGACACAGCGGCCUUUGAUUCCUUCAUUCAGGCUUCGGUGCUGCCUUUUUCCGCUGAGACUCACACAGGUUGUUGGGUGCCUGUUGUAGGUAUGGAAAUGAAUGUUUUGCAAGUCCCUCUGCACAAAAUCACAUUACACUCUGAUCUCUUCCAGGGCGAGAUAGCUGUGGGUGUGAGGCCGGCGCUGCCUGUUGAGGGGGUCACUCUGAUCCUGGGUAACGGUGCUGCAGGUGAGCGUGUGUGGGGUGAUGUGGCCCCGUCUCCAGUGGUUUCCUCAGUUCCCCUGGUGAGGAAGCAGCCUGAUGAGGAUGAAAUAAGUUUCCCCGAAGUGUUCACAGCGUGUGCGGUGACGCGGUCUAUGUCCCAACAUUCUCCACCAGAGCCGCCUGAGUGUGGCGUGGGUGAUGGUGAGGCAGUAGAUGGGUGGUGUAUCUCCCUGUCUGAUGUUUCCCUUUCAGUUACGCAGGAAGAGUUGGAGAGUGAACAGCGAGCCGACGCGUCCCUGAAGGGACUGUUUGACAUGGUGUUGCCUGCGUCGGAGGUAAAGAACGACUCUCACUGUUACUUUCUGUUGAAGGGAUUGCUCAUGAGAAAAUGGGUGCCUCACGGGGACGAUUUUGUAGGGGAUCCCGUCCUCCAGAUUGUCCUGCCUUCGAAGCUCCGGGAGACGGUGCUUCGCCGGGCCCAUGAUGACUCGGGUCACUGGGGGGUGAGAAAAACAUACAACCGAGUGCUGAAACAUUUUUUUUGGCCUAAAUUAAAGAGGGAUGUGUCUGAGUAUGUGAAAACCUGUCAUACCUGUCAACUUGCGGGGAAGCCAAAUCAGGUGAUUAAACCAGCUCCUCUGUUUCCGAUUCCGGCUGUGGGUCAGCCAUUUGAACACCUUAUUAUAGACUGUGUGGGUCCGUUGCCACGUUCCAAGUCGGGUGCUGUUUAUUUGCUUACGGUCAUGUGUCAAACCACCCGUUAUCCGGCAGCGUAUCCUUUACGCACGAUCACAGCGCGUUCUGUGGUGCGCGCCCUGACACAGUUCAUUGCUAUAUUCGGUAUCCCGAAGGUGAUUCAAACUGACCGCGGAUCAAACUUCACCUCUCACCUGUUUUCACAAGUUUUGAAACAGUUGGGGAUUAAACACAAUAAAGCAUCGGCAUAUCACGCUCAGAGUCAGGGGGCCCUGGAGCGUUUUCACCAGUCUCUGAAGUCGUUGUUACGUACAUAUUGUGUGAAACUGGACGGAGACUGGGAGGAGGGGUUGCCCUGGUUACUGUUAGCGGCGAGGGAGGUGUCCCAAGAGAGCACAGGGUUCAGUCCCAACGAUUUGGUGUUUGGGCACACUGUGCGCGGCCCUCUGGAUCUUUUGUGCGAGCAAUGGAAGGAUGCUGCUCCACCAGAAAAUGUACUUGAUUAUGUAAAUGGGUUCCGUCAUAGGUUGUAUGCUGCAGGGGUAUUGGCAAAGAAAAACUUGGGUACUGCACAGAGUAAGAUGAAGACACUGUAUGACCGGAGGGCUGAGAAGCGUGUGUUCAGUGAGGGGGACCGGGUCUUGGCGUUACUUCCCAUCAUUACUUCUCCAUUUCAGGCGAAGUAUGGAGGUCCUUAUGAAAUAAAGGAAAAAACGUCUGAACAUAACUACAUCAUUGCUACGCCUGAUCGUAGACGGAGUGUCCAGAUGUGUCAUGUCAACUUAUUGAAACCUUACUAUGAACGUGUCCCUCCAGGUGAAGCUGUCUCCGCCUCCUCUGUGCCUGUGCGGCCUGUUUGUUCUGUGAGUAGAGUGUCUGUGGUUUACCCUCCACAGUCGGUGCCUGCCGGGGUGGAGGAUGGUCUGCCCGACGCUGAUGCUGGGGUGCAGCAAGGUCGUUUAAAAAACUCUGAGUCCUUGAACAAAUUACAUCUUCUGUUGGGCCAUCUGUCUGAGUCACAACAAGCCGACCUAGUUGAAGUGAUAAGUUCCUUCCCAUCUCUGUUUGGUGACACUCCUACUCAAACAAAUGUAAUUGAACAUGAUAUAGAUGUAGGUGAUGCACUCCCAAUUCGCCAAAGGUUUUACCGCGUUAGUCCUGAAAAACGUGUGUCCCUUGAUGCGGAAGUGAAGUAUAUGUUGGAUAAUUGUAUUGCUGUUCCCUCCUUUUCCAGUUGGGCAUCUCCCUGCAUUUUAGUGCCGAAGCCAGACAAAACAUUCAGGUUCUGCACUGAUUUUCGCAAGCUAAAUGCUGUAACGAAACCAGAUUCUUUCCCGCUGCCUCGUAUGGAGGAUUGCGUUGACCAAGUUGGCCACGCCGCAUUUGUGAGUAAAUUUGACCUGUUGAAAGGAUAUUGGCAGGUUCCGCUGUCCGAGCGUGCACGUGACCUGUCUGCAUUUAUUACACCAAAUGGUCUCUUCUCGUAUAAUGUUAUGCCUUUUGGUUUAAGAAACGCUCCUGCCACGUUCCAGAGGCUCAUGACCAGAGUCUUGGGGGACUUAGAGGGGUGCACUGUGUAUUUGGACGACGUGGUGGUGGUUUCCGACUCGUGGCCGUCUCAUGUGGAGCGUGUCCGUGCGUUGUUCCUGCGCUUGGCUGAGGCGCGCCUGACCAUCAACCUCGCCAAGUGCGAAUUUGCACGGGCCACGGUGACGUACCUGGGCCGGGUUGUGGGUCAGGGUAAAGUCCGUCCCGUUGCAGAGAAAAUAAGAGCUGUCCAGUUCUAUCCUCCGCCCACUACUAAGAAGGAACUGAUGAGGUUCCUGGGUUUGGUGGGGUAUUACAGGGGGUUUUGCCGUAAUUUCUCAGAAGUCGUUGCACCAUUAACUGAUCUACUUAAAAUGCGUGUCCCAAUUGUGUGGUCUCCUCUCUGUCAGCAGGCGUUAGAGAGGAUAAAGUCUCUGCUGUGUGAAGCACCGGUCCUGGCCGCUCCGAGGUUUGACCGACCUUUUGCGCUUCAAGUCGACGCUAGUCACAUCGGAGUAGGUGGCGUUUUGGUGCAAGCCGAUUAGUUGGGUUUGGAAAAACCAGUUUGUUUCUUUUCCAAGAAAUUUAACUCAUAUCAAUUGAACUAUUCAACGAUUGAAAAGGAGGCACUGGCCUUAGUUUGGGCUCUGAGAAACUUUGAAGUGUACUUGGGCUCUGGAGCGGUACCCGUAGUGGUGUACACUGACCACAACCCACUUUUGUUUUUGAACUCGCUGCAAUGUCCUAACCAGCGUCUGAUUAGUUGGUCGUUAUUUCUGCAGUCACAUUGGCUUGAUAUUAGACACAUAAAGGGUGCGGAAAACGUCGUAGCCGACGCACUGUCUCGCGUUCCUCAGGAUUGAGGUUUGAGCUAAGACUUUAUUGCUGUUAUGAUGUUGUCCUGUUGCGCUCCUGUUCCCUCUUCUGUCAUCCUUCCCUCUUAAAUUGCUUCCCACUGGUACCAGGUUGCUGAGGUGGGGGUGUGGAAGAUGCGCGUAGUGAGCUGUGUGGUUCUCAACAGCAGCUGGUGUUCCUGUCCUCGGAUGUGUGUGCCCUUGUGUGUGUGCCUUAAACAUCGUAAACUCUAUACGUGUAAAAAAAAAAAAAAAAAAAAAAGUAAAACUUCAAAGUAAGUAGAAUGUAUAUAUUUGUGAAGAAAAUAAACUUUAUAGUAGGUAGAAUGUGUAGCCUAUAUAUGUGCAAAGUAAAAAAAAAAAAAGAAAAAAAAAAAUUGGUUUUGGUUUAAUAAUGAGGGAGCCAUUGUCGAGUUCGGGGUUGGGCCCCGUUUUUCAGGGAGGGGGGUGUGACGGCCUCCUGCCUGUGGAUGUGUGUAUGCUUUGUCAAUGUGUGUGUAUGCUUUGUCAAGCUGCAGGUGAUGAGCUGGUGGGCGUGGCCAAUUCCCAAACCUCUGUUAAGCUGGUCCUUCCUCCUGCCUCAGUCUCUUCCUGACAUCGCCUGGCUCCGGAGGGAGAGCGGUGUGCCGCUCCGCCGCAGCCCCUCGUUUUCUAUUGUGUUCUCUUGGUUUGCUUUGCCGUCAUUUUGGUCCCUUGUGUUAGGGAAAUAAAUUAUCCUUUUGUUACUUUUACCUGCGCAGUUCCUUUUAUUUGUCCGACCAUGAGCCGGGUCGUGACAACAUCAUACCCCAGUCCUGCUCGUCAGGUAGACGGGUAGUACUGAGUAUAGAGACAUAAAGACCCGGACCAGAACGGAACCGUUGAAUCCUCAAGCACACACACUAUUCAAGGACUGUACGGACGAUAUCCGGGGAACUGUACAUAUACACACUGACAGGACUGAAUUAUUUACAAGAUUUAUAUAAUAUUUACUGUUGUUUCUAUUUUAUACUGUUGUAUACUGUGAUUGUUGGGUGACUGUUUGUGAAACAAUAAACUGAUCAUUUGUUCAA